CUGCUGCCUUCUGCUUUUCUUUUCUCACCAUUUCCCUUUCUUUCUCAUCAUCUGUCUCUUGCUGUUGUUUCUUUCUCGCACUUUCACCAGUCUUUCUCGGAUCUCAAAUCUCGGCCUGGAACUUCGACUACCGACUUUCUAAUUUCGGAACCUGGUCUAUUCCCGGUCCUAUGCUGCCAACUCGGUGAGCUCUGAAGGCUCGGAUCCUUGUAUGCAUCCGCAUACAAUGAAGACAAGUCCGGCGGGGAAGUUGGCCAUGGGUCGGGAGCUUCACAGGGUGCUGCAGCACCGCUCUCUCAUGUUUACCCAUGCAGGAAGUUUGCAACUGCAAACUCUCGUCGGGUUUUCUCAGUCCGCUGAGGCAGAAAAACCUGAUAAGUGGAAGGGACUUCCACCUAGCGUCCACAAUUUCAUGUGGUGAGCUAUCCCUAAGUACCGCUUUUGCCCUCCCAAUAUUGCUUUUGCCCGCAUUUUACUUAUGCGGAUGCCUCGCUUCCUCUUCGGCGAUGCUGCCACGCUUUCACUUCGGCGAUGCCGCCAUGCUACCUCUUACCUGCUACCUCUCAUCAAGCUACCUCUCACCAAGCUGCCUCGUGCUACACUACCUCUUGCUGAGCUACCUUUUCUAUCAUGCUCCUUGUUUCCUCACCUCAUUGCGUCGCUCUUCAGCUCCUACGACUGUGGGGAUCGGAGGCUUCCUUCGCUGCGUCGCAUUCAUUCCUACUUCCUUGGGAUUCGCAGCCCACCUCGGCUCACUCUUGCACAGGUUUGGGCCGCUAUCGGGGCCGGGUGCCCCUCUCGCGGCUCCGCCCAAAUAGCUAUCUGCAUCCAGUCAAUGCAAACAUUCUCUCUCACGCUCUCACCGAAACUGCUGCCCGAUAGCCCCCACAAAGUUCACAAAUUUUCGAAAAUUAGUCCAACUUUCACUAAUUAUAUGAAUUAGAUGAUGUGCCCUGCUAAUUAGCACUAAUUUUACGAUCCUAGAGCUAAUUAUUGAAAGUUUUGUAGCAUCCCACUGAAAGUUAUGAGCAUC